AUGCCCCUAGAAGAUACGUAUGCCGAAGACACGAACCGCCCGCCGCAUCGCGUGGGUGCCGGUUACGAUCGCCCGGCUGCCGAUCCGCACCAGAGUCGCUCGGUCGUCGUCGCCCAAAACGGCAUCGUCGCCACCAGCCAACCGCUGGCCGCCCAAGUUGGCAUCGACAUCCUUCAAGCCGGCGGCAACGCCGUCGAUGCGGCCAUCGCCACCAACGCCAUGAUGGGCCUGGUCGAACCGAUGAGCUGCGGCAUCGGCGGCGAUCUGUUCGUCAUCUAUUGGGAUGCCAAAACCGAAAAGCUCUACGGCCUGAACGCCUCCGGUCGCAGCCCGUUCGCGCUCAACCGCGAGGUCUUCCGCCAGCGCGGCAUCGACGAGAUUCCCGACGAAGGUCCCCUGCCCUGGUCGGUGCCCGGGUGUGUCUCCGGGUGGGAGGUUCUCUCCGAGCGGUUCGGCACGAUGCCCUUUGAACGCACGCUGGCCCCCGCCAUUCAUUACGCCGAAAACGGUUUCGCCGUCAGCGACAUCAUCGCCCGAAGUUGGCAGGCCUCCGAACGCUCGCUCCGCCAGUGGCCCGACUCGGCCGCCACAUAUCUCCCGCAUGGUCGCGCACCGCGUGAAGGUGAAAUCUUCCGCAAUCCAAACCUCGCAGCCAGCUACCGACUCAUCGCCGAUGGCGGUGCCGACGCUUUCUAUAAAGGUCCCAUCGCCGAAAAGAUCGUCGCUUUCAGCGAAGCCAACGACGGGUUCUUCGCGAUGCGCGACUUUGAAGAGCACGAAUCGGAAUGGGUCGAGCCCGUCUCAACCACUUACCGCGGCUACGAAGUGUGGGAACUGCCCCCCAACGGGCAAGGCAUCGCCGCGCUCGAGAUGCUCAACCUACUCGAACCCUACGACAUCGCUUCCAUGGGGCCCGACUCGCCCGAGUAUUGGCACCUGUUCGUGGAAGCCAAGAAGCUGGCCUUCGCCGAUCGCGCGCGGUUCUACGCCGACCCGGCCUUCGAAGACCUCCCGGUCGCGGAGUUGAUUUCAAAAGAGUAUGCCGCCCAACAGGGCAAACGCAUCGAUCGCACCAAGGCCGCCGUCGAUGUCCCGCCCGGCGACCCCAAGCUGGUCGGCGGCGACACCAUCUAUCUCACGGUCGUAGACAAAGACCGCAACUGCUGCUCCUUCAUCCAAAGCAACUACUAUGGCUUCGGCUCGCAAGUCACUCCCGGCGACGUCGGGUUCGUCCUGCAAAACCGCGGGGCCCUGUUCGCCCUCGACGACGAACACCCCAAUCGGUUGGAGCCGCAUAAGCGACCCUUCCACACCAUUAUCCCCGCCAUGGUCACCAAAGACGGAAAGCCCUGGCUCUCCUUCGGUGUGAUGGGGGGCGACAUGCAACCGCAAGGGCACGCGCAGGUGUUGGUCAACAUCAUCGACUUCGGUAUGAACAUUCAAAUGGCCGGCGAUGCAGCCCGCAUUCGCCACGUCGGCAGCGCCAGUCCUACGGGGCAACCGCAAAACUCCGCCGGCGGCACCGUGUUCGUCGAAUCGGGGAUGCCGGAUGAAGUCAUCGAAGGGCUUCGCGACAAAGGCCACCGCGUGAUGUUCAGCCGCGGCAUGUUCGGCGGCUAUCAGGCCAUCCUCGUCGAUGCCGAAAACGGCACCCUCCGCGGAGCCACCGAUCCCCGCAAAGACGGCUCCGGCCGGGUCGGCAAAGCCGACAAGAUGCUCUAUGAGGAGAUGGCAAUUCGAGUGAGGCGCACCAACGCUGACAGUCUUCAGCAAGACGGAGUGAGGCUUAUCAUGGCUGCCGAAGUGGUUCGUAGUGCUGUUCAAGACGAUGUGGCCGUUAUCACGAUCGAUUCGCCGCCGGUGAAUUCUCUUAGCCGGCCCGUGGUCGAGGGGCUCAUCGCCGCCGUAACGGCCGCCAACGAAAACGACGCCGUGAAGGCCAUCGUCAUCCACGGUGCGAACGAAAACUUUGUGGCCGGGGCAGACAUUGGCGAACUCAAGCAAGCCGCCAAGUUGGCCAUCUCCCCAGAGGCCCAAAAGACCGGCGAUGGGGAAGUUGCCGCCAACCUCGCCACCGCGCUGGAAGACCUGGAAGCCAACGAAAAGCCGAUCGUCAUGGCCAUCGACGGCUUCGCUCUCGGUGGAGGGCUCGAACUCGCCAUGAGCGGGCAUCGCCGCGUCGGCACCACCCGUUGCCGCGUGGGGCUUCCCGAGUUGACACUAGGGCUCAUCCCCGGAGCUGCCGGAACGCAGCGCCUGCCGCGCAUCGUCGGCCCUCAGUUGGCCGCCGAAAUGAUGCUCACCAGCCGGCAAGCCAAAGCCGACGAAGCCCUCGAAACCGGCAUCCUCCAAGAAGUGGUCGAACCCGACGCCCUGCUCGACGCCGCCAUGGCCGCCGCCCGCAAGCUGGCCGCCGGCGAACUCACCCCAGUGCGUGCCUCGCAAGACAACAGCAAACUCCCUUCGGCCGAAGAGGCCAAACAGUUGGUCGAAAUGGCCACGGGCAUGAUGGGCGCCAAGGGCCGCAACCUCGUGCAUCCGCAUCUGUGCCUCGAUGCCAUGUUGUGCGGCAUCACCGAUGGUUACGCCGCGGGGCUACAGCGCGAAGCCGACAACUUCCGCAAGUGCCUCGCCAGCUCUCAGGCCCAGGGGCUGAUCCACAUGUUCUUCGCCCCCCGCGCCGCCACCAAGGUGCCGGGCGUUACCGAUCAGGGACUCAAGCCCGCCAAAAUCACCACGGCCGCCGUCCUCGGCGGUGGCACCAUGGGCAGCGGCAUCGCCACCAGCCUGUUGCAGUCGGGCCUGGCCGUCACCCUGAAAGAAAUCAACGAAGAAGCCGUCGCCGCCGGGCGAGGGCGCAUCGAGUCGAACCUCAUGUCGCGGGUGAUGAAGGGCCGCCUCUCGCAAGAGAAGUACGACGAGAUCAUGUCCCGCCUCAACACGCAGACCGACUACUCCGGUUUCAACAAACUCGACAUCGUCAUCGAAGCCGUCGUCGAGAACAUCGAGUUGAAGCAAAACGUGUUCUCCGAUUUAGAAUCGGCCACCAGCGCCAACUGCAUUCUGGCCUCCAACACCUCGACGAUCGAUCUCGACGUGAUCGGCAAGAAGACCAAGGCCGCCGACCGCAUCGUUGGCACUCACUUCUUCUCGCCGGCUCACGUCAUGCCGCUGGUCGAAGUGGUGCGGGCGAAGAACACCAGCGUCGAAACGCUCAACACCACCAUCGCCUUGGUCAAAGCCUUGAAGAAGACCCCGGUCACCGUCGGCAACUGCGUCGGCUUCCUGGUGAACCGCAUCUUCUUCCCCUACGGACAAGCGGCCGGGUUCCUGGUCGACCACGGUGUCGAUCCCUACACCAUCGACAAAGCUCUCUUCGACUUCGGCAUGCCGAUGGGCCCCUUCCGCAUGGGCGACCUGGCGGGCGUCGACGUGGCCAAGUUCGCCGGCGGCAUCCUGGCCGACGCCUAUCCCGAUCGCGUCUACCAAUCCACCCUGGUCGAUUACCUGUUCGAAGCCAAACGCUUCGGUCAGAAAACCGGCGUAGGCUACUACAAGUACGAAGACGGUAAGACCGAAACCGAAGACCCCUCGCUGGCCGAGUUGGUCGAGAAGGCCCGUAAAGAUGCCGGCAACCCGGCGGCUAUCGAAGCCGACGCCAACGACAUUGUCGAGUGGACCCUGUUCGGCGUGGUGAACGAAGCCUGCCGGUGCCUCGACGAGGGGAUCGCGAUUCGCGCCUCCGACAUCGACGUGGCCAGCGUGAUGGGCAUGGGCUUUCCGCCCUACCGCGGAGGGCUGAUGAAAUGGGCCGAUACCCUGGGUGCCAAGCACAUCGCCGACCGCCUCAGCGCUUGGGCCGAAACCCACGGUCCAGCGUUCGCCCCCUGCCAGUACCUGCUCGACAAAGCCAAGUCCGGCGAAAGCUUUGUCGAUUAG